AACGUCCAGCUGGGCUCCCUGCACAACCUCAACUUCACCAUCAUGGAGACGCGGUGCCAGGCGCGCUCGGGCGCCCAGCUCGACAGCUGCGAGUUCAAGGAGGACGGGCUCGUCAAGGACUGCGCUGCGCCCGUGGUGCUGCAAGGCGGCCGCGCCACGUUCGAUGUCACCUGCGUGGAGUCCGUGGCUGACCCUGUCCGCAUCAAGCGCUUCUGGCCAGUGGUCAUCAGGACUCUGGUUGCAGGCAUCAACCUCUUCCGGGCAAUCAAGAAGAAAUGAGCCGUCCCCAGAGCUGCUGUCACCAAUGUCCCCUUGCUGCUUUCCAUCCAAUAAAGGUGUUUCCCAGCC